UUGUCUACGAUCAUUCAACUCUUUGACAUUUCCCCUAACCUUAAAGUUUAUUUACGUUUUAAUAAUGAUUCAUGAUGGGUAACAGUGUUUUUCUCCUCUUCGCCUUUUUGUUGACCUGUGCCAGUUUCGAAGCAACCGAAGUUCUUAGAGACUGUGUAAAACAAGAUGCGUGCCAUUGCAAAAUAGACGAUUAUGAAAGAAUAGACAUAUCAAAUGCGUUAGACAAAAGUCCAUUGAAGGAUCAGGAUUCUGAAUUUACGUAUUAUUUUGUUGGAUGUGCUGAUGCUACAAUUAACUCAACUAUUUUUAAUUCAACGCUUACAAAAAAUUACACUGGAUCAUUAUUUGUGUACAAUGGAAAAAACAAUACCAUUGAGGCUUUAAGAACAAACCAAAUAAAUUUUGAAACAAACCAAAAAUUGAAUGUGUAUGAAAUUACAUACAAGAAUAAGUCUAACGUUUCUGCUUCAAUCUCAUUGAUCUGCAAUAAUUUUAAGAAGGCCUUCAUUAAAGUAUUGGAUGUUGAAAAUAAUCAACUAGUUCUGUCUUCACCACAUGCUUGUGUAUUGAAAGAAAAACAUUCAUAUAGCACAGGAUCAGUGUUAGUUAUAUUGUUUGUGGUUGCCUGCUUAAUAUACUUUGUUGGAGGAGCGCUAGUCUUACAUUUCUUGAGAGGAGCACAAGGUUUAGAAAUGAUCCCAAAUAUAGACUUUUGGAGACAGCUACCCGGUCUUAUUAAGGAUGGAACAAUAUUUAUUUUCAGUGGAUGCAGGCCAACUUACGUGAACACGGCCGAAACAUAUGAUAGAAUUUAAUAGCGGAAACCUCGAAAUUUUGGACUGAUUUUUGUGUAAUAUAUGAGAUUAUUUCGUUUUUUCGAAUAAGCUUUGAUAAAUGUAGAUAGAAAAUUAAAUGGAAUUUCUUAAUUUUGA